GUGGCCGAUCGUGCUAUAGACGUAUAUGUUUGUUGUGAUUGUUUUAUAAUUGUGCUAAACAAUUGUGUCGUCGUGUGAUACCAUUCGGACUUUUCGGUUGAUUGACGGCCUCAAGAUUGAUCUCGAACUGCAGAGGCAGGCCUCCAACGGCCAUUUCAUUAGGUCGGUUGGGCCUAUGUGUGAAGGAGGUUUCAGCGCUGCUGAGGGACUGUCGCGGAUGGCCUCCCUUGGAGGAGCCACCUUCGGAAGUCCCCAAAGCAUGCAGACAGGACAAUCAGCAAAAAAACAGGAUGAUCACAUAAAGCGACCAAUGAACGCGUUCAUGGUGUGGUCUCGGCUACAAAGAAGGAAAAUCGCACAGGAGAAUCCGAAGAUGCACAAUUCUGAAAUUUCCAAGAGAUUAGGAGCCGAGUGGAAGUUACUGUCGGAGGACGACAAACGACCGUUUAUCGACGAGGCCAAAAGGUUGCGGGCGAUGCACAUGAAAGAGCACCCGGACUACAAGUACCGACCUCGAAGAAAACCAAAAACGCUGCGAAAGGAGGGUGGCUAUCCGUAUGCAAUACCGUAUCCCUCUGUGCAAAUGGAAGCAUUACGAGCAGCUAGCACCAUGGGCCAAUCGAUGGCAUCUUAUUACAACCCUGCUUAUGGAUCUCUGAGCGCUGCAUCCAUGGCAGCAGCUGCAACUGCUGCUCAACAAUCGGCAUUGGCCAUGUCUGCUGGACUAAAUGCCUCUCCACAAGUGAUGAGCUCCAUGGACGCCAUGAAGUACUCCAUGGACGCCGCGGACAAAUUCAGAUCUCCGUACAUGCCACCGUCCACCCUGGCCAUGUCCAUGUACUCCGACCCGAAAUACAUGGACUCCUCCUCGAAGAGCUACCUGGAGCGCAGCUACCUGGACUCCACGACCAAAGCCUACUUCGACUCGAACAAAAUGUACAUGGACAAGUAUCCAGACACCUCCAGGGGCUACUCGGCGCUGGACUUCGGCAAGAUGUACCAAGAGCAAUCGGGGAAUCAGCAAGUUACAGCCGGUAUCAACUCCCCUCGCAGCUCGGACUCCCCUGACGUCAAACAGGCGCAGGAACGUCAUGACGGCACGUCGUCUUCGUCAUCCACAACGACGUCUUCAGCUGGGGCGUCACCAGGCGGUCUGCCCAACUACUACCCAGGUAGCCAGAUGCAGCAAGGCAACGCUGUGCCAGGGUUGCUCCCGAUGCCUCAGUAUACUAGUCAGUACUCCUCUCCGGGAGAAUUCAGACGACCCUUGACUGUUAUACUCUGACCAGAGCACAUGUGAACGUGUCCAGUGACUUUAGCUACGGCGUGAAUAGUUAAUAUGUGAUUCACAACGAAUUACAGUUGGUGGAUUGAAGGCAAUGUGAUCAGUAUGUGGAGUAAGCAUCUGGAUAGUUUAAUUCAGUGAAUUUCAAUUUAUAUUGUGAUAUUUAUUUAUUUUACGAGUAACUUAUUGAUGGUCUGAUUACAGUUGCUGUUUUCAAGCACCAGACCUAGAAAAGGUCUUGUGAAAUAUUCCAAUUCUAACAACUCCCUUCCCCGAUUUUUCUUCCAUUUCUCUAGCGUUCCUAUGUUUCACUGGAAUAACCUGGAUUUUCACGAGAAU